GUCCGCGCCAGGGAAUCUGCUUAGCCGAUCUCCCGACGCGUACUAAUACUACGGCCUGCGGAUUCCCCUCUUUGGUCCAAACCCUAAGUUCCUCCCCCACGAAAACCUAACUGUCGAUCUCGAAUCCUACGGAGAGGCAACGAAGAGGACGAUGGACGGCUUCCUGAUCCGCCUUGGGUUCUCGUUGUUGCUCUCGUUCUCGGUCGCCGCCAGAGCGCUGAAACGCAAGUCCGUCGACUCCUCUGCUGUCCUCGUCGGGAUCCCUAUCAUGGUGAUCCACAUGCUGGCCGGCUAUAGGUUCGCGGCUCUGCUUCUGGUGUUCUUCUCGACGUCCUCGAAGGUCACGAGGCUUGGAGAGGCGAAGAAGAGGGCAACUGAUGCGGAAUUCAAAGAGGGAGGGCAGCGAAACUGGAUACAAGUUCUGUCAAAUAGUAUAAUAGCAACUAUUUUGGUGGUGAUAUUUGCUAGAAUAACUCAAGGCCAUGAUAGGUGCUUGGAUUCUAAAGAUUCAACUGUAAUAACUGCACUUUUGGGAGGUAUUGUUGGGCAUUAUGCCUGUUGUAAUGGGGAUACUUGGUCUUCUGAACUUGGAAUGCUUAGCAGUGCACAACCACGACUAAUCACAACCUUCAAGAAAGUCCGAAAAGGUACGAAUGGUGGUGUCACUGUACAUGGACUUCUAGCAGCUGUGGCAGCUGGCUUUGUUAUUGGGGUGGCUUUUGCCCUAGUUGGAAUGGUUACAACUGAAUGUUCUGCAGAUAUAGCCAAGAGGCAGCUAUUUGUUGUGCCCAUUGCUACAGCUGCUGGGCUGUUCGGAAGCCUGAUUGAUUCGUUUUUGGGUGCCACGCUUCAAUUCAGCGGGUAUUGCACAGUCCGCAAGAAGGUGGUGGGAAAUGAGGGUCCGACUGUUGUUAAGAUCUCUGGAGCAAGUAUACUAGACAACAAUGCUGUGAAUGCAGUGUCAAUACUGUUAACAACACUGAUUACCUCUGUUACAUGCAUGUAUAUCUUCUAACCAUAUGUUCAAUAAUUCUUUCCUUCACUAUUAUAUGUAUUUUGCAGUCCGGUCCGUCUACCAUGAUAGAAACUUGUAUCCUUAUCCAGAAGCAAACUGAAUUAGCUAGUUCUGUAUGUGUUUUUUGCCCUAGCUCUUGUACUCAAUCUGGAUUUUCCAUAGUGAAAGAUAAUGUAAUUCCCAACACAGCUUGUUGGUAGUGCUGUAUAAGUUCAGCUGAAUUAUCUUUUGUGAAAGAGGAGGAACCACCAUGGAGCCUACUCAACUACUUCA